AUGAAGGCCAACCUGAAGAUGGGAUUCCUCAACAUUUUCAGCCUUUGCUUUCUUGGCUUCCUGAUUUCCAGUUCUUUCCCAGAAACCAAAGCUGACACUUGUGCCAGGGAGUGGCUGCAAAACCAGGGCAACUGCUAUGCCUAUUUCGAUAACAAGUUGACAUGGCAAGAAGCUGAGAUUGAAUGCCAGAGCUACGGCCGUGGAGCCCAUCUUGCCUCUGUCCUCACUAAAGCAGAGACCCUUCUGGUGGCCGAACACAUCUCCACUUACCAGCAAGAACCAAGUAAUGUCUGGAUUGGGCUCCAUAAUGUUCAUCAGUCCAGGAAAUGGAGGUGGGCUGAUGAAUCAGUCUACAACUACAAUGCAUGGAUGCCCAACCAGCCCGACAACUACUUUAACUCUGAGCACUGUGUAGAACUCAGACUUUCCACAGGUUUCAAGCAAUGGAAUGAUAUCCAGUGCAGCACCCGCAACUCCUACAUCUGCAAACAUGAGCUGUAG